UACCCGGUUCAGUACGGGACCGAGUCCCAUUGUAACAGUAUCUAUCUACUCCCUGGAUUUAGUGCAUAGUGACAAGACUGUUGAUCAUUUGGCAAUGAUGUCACGAUUCUGCGCUACUUUCUUGGCAAUCGUAGCCUUCGCGUGCUACGUCGAACUCGUUUCCGGUGAAAAAUGGGCGAAAUACUGGAUCGAUAAAAACAAAGCAUAUCCAUAUUUCGGGAGCUAUGGUGUUUCAAAAUUUUCGUACCUCGAUAAAGCACCUUCUAAAUUGCGUUCAAUCACGUAUUACAAGUGUAACUUACCGAAUAUCGAAGGAAACGUCUUUUAUCGCUUCCGAAAUACUUUGGAAAAUUUGGACAUUCACGAGUCAAAUGUCGAGACUAUAAGUUCAGACGCAUUUUACCAGCUGAUACACUUGAGGAAUUUGACUCUCUGGGGAAACAAAUUGCAGAGGGUUUUCCAAGCUUGGUUUGAGGAUCUGCAUGAAUUGAGAACAUUGGAUCUAUCCUUCAAUCAAAUUUCUUUGAUCGACGAAGAAGCUUUCACGAAAAUGCCCAAAUUAGAAAAUCUCUAUAUUGAGCAUAAUCUAUUGGUUGUCUUGAAUCCGGCCGUAUUUACGUACUUGGGAAAUCUAAAGACAAUACGGCUCGGAAGAAAUCCGUGGGACUGGUGGUUCCGCACGCUAAUCAUGCGGCAGCUGGACGACCAGCGUGUCUCCUAUUCAAACGACUGGGAAGAUUUUAAAUGGAUAAGCCACGUUAUCUGGAGUUGUAUAGAAAAAGAUCAAGCGAAAAAUGACGACGAUACGAUACUCGAUUGCGCAUCAGCUUAUCUGCUUUCAGAAACGUCAAAUAUUUCUAACACCGAUCAAAAAUACUGCAGCCAAGAAGCGAGAAAUCUUUACAACUGCGAAAAAAAUCACGACGAAAAGAGAAACGUGUCGAUGACGCCAAAAGUUGUAGUGCGAAAAGUUUUCCAAGCAUUUAUUGGCGCGGUUAACAAAAUGCUGUAUCCAGACGCAGAGUUAACUUAUCGUGAAGGUAUAGCAGCUCCAGAAACUAGGAGGGAGGAAAUUGCAAUCUUCGGAGAUUGACUACACGCAGUAACUGGUUUGCCCUCUUUGGUAUGAUAAUAUGCUAGGAAUUUCGUAUACGUGGCUCACAAAGUUCCAAAAUCAUAAAGUAAUUACAAAUGCGAAUUACCUAUACUUGUUUUAUUCAUUAUGAUUGUUUUUCUUUUGUCGGAAGGUUCUGCAGUCGAUGAUUUUAACAUAAACUUCCAUUUUAUAAUCGCAUAACAAGUUUUUGUGUAUCUACUCGCAGUGUCUUUUUUUUUUAUUAAUAAACAUUUCCCACUUUAAAUACAAAUAAAUUUCUAGCUUCAGUUUUAAUGCAUAAA